CUUUUUUCGAAAUUGAUUUUAUUGCAUUUUUUGAUAGUUCUAAAAUAUGCCGUUAAUAUGCCGUAAAGAAAACUCGAAAAUAUUGUUUAGUUUUUUUUCUAUUAAUUUUUGAAAAUCGCGUUUCGCUAUGAGCGGCAUAGGUCUGCGGUCUAAACCUGUUAUCGACACAUAGCGUCCUAUGGAGAAAACCUAUUUCUUCUCACAUCUGCUCGGUUAGUUCGUUCAAUAGAGCAAUAGGCCUGUUUUCAUUGUGUAGAAAGUGAGGUGUAUGUGUUGGUCGAAACUCUGUUGGACACCAUCUUCAAAAAUAUUCGGCAGUUUCCGACAGUUUCGUCCGCUUGUGUUUAAGCAGACGAAGUUAAACCACGUGUCUCGACUUUACAAGCUUGUAUGAGAGCGGAGAAAAAUGCGCGAACGUGAAAAAAAUCGACGGCGUCAUUCCAAAGGCGAGGAAUACACUACGGCAAAGGGGAAGAAAAUCCAUGCGUUGAAAAAGCCUUCUGUCAAGUUGACAUGCAGGUGUAAAUGGAACUGCUCAGUUCUUUCUCAUAAACAACGGACGCUUCUCUUCAAUCAAUAUCGGUCAUUGGAUAGAAAUUCACAGCGAUCUUAUCUGUAUCUUACUUUUCUAUUUUAAUACAUUUUUAAACUUUUUGUACAAAGAAUUUAUUAUUUUAUUUGUAUUAUUGGUAAUAGUAAAAAUAUAAUAUCCUAAAAUGUCCCGGAAAUGUUUUUUUUUAUUAAUUAAUAUUUAACUGUCAAAAGUAUCAAACUCUUCCAACGAUUGCACUAACUUUCAAAAAAGAAACAAAUUAGAACAUGGCGCAUAACAGGUUUAGACCGCAGGACCCCCCUGCUGAUAACAUAUGUAUAGCUUUAGAGUGUCGUACAAUCGUUAAUUUUAAAUUUAGAAAAUCGAAACUUUAGAAUAUCAUAGAUAUCCACUAACUGAACGAAAAACUCUUUGAAUUUAAAAAAAUUAACAACAACUGUAAAAAUGAAAACGUUUUUUCUCCAUCCUGAAAAAUUUGUGAAAUGGCGCUUAACAGGUUUAGACCGCAGACCCUUCAAAUGAUAAUCGACGUUUUUAACUUGUAAAAGAUAACAAUGUAACUGUAAUAACAGCAUUCUUAGAAAUAAUACACAUUUGCGGUGGGUAGUUUUGAAUAGUAAAAUACACGUUGGUAAAAGCUACAAUUCAAUUAUAUGAAUAAAACAUAUAUAUUUUAUAUAAUACAAUUCAAGUUUUGAAACAAUAAUGACAGAAACUUAUGACGACAGAAAUGACACAAAAUUCAACGUUGGACGUAAAAAAAUUGAAAAUUUUGAUGAUGUACUGCCGUAUGUUGGUGAUUUCGGCAAAUAUCAAUGGUUUUUAAUGUUCUCGUUAGUACCAUAUGGACUUUCCUUUGCUUACUUGUUUUAUUCACAAAUUUUCAUUCUGAUAGUGCCACAAAAUCAUUGGUGUAAAAUUGAUGAAUUAAUGACUCUUAAUUUAACACAAGAGCAGAGAAUAAAUCUGGCUAUUCCAAAAUCUAAGAAUUAUCCAUUUUAUGACAGAUGUCAUUUUAAGAGGCUAAAUUAUAAAAAUAUUAGCAUAAGACCAGAGGAUAAGUUUAAUUUCUCAAAUUUUCACACAAAUGAAAUAGAUCCAUGCAAUCAGUGGGAGUACGAUUUUAAUGAGAUUCCAUAUUCCACCAUUAGUUCAGAGUUGAAUUGGGUUUGUGACAAAGAAUAUCUCAUAGCAACAAUACAAUCACUUUUCUAUGUUGGUUCCGUUUUGGGAAACUUUAUCUUCGGCUGGAUUUCCGAUCGCUAUGGACGAAUUAAAGGUUUAUUAUGCUGUACAGCAAGUGGAUUUAUUGCUACAAUUGUAACACCCAGUGCUCAAAGUUUCUGGUCAUUUGCUAUUUGUCGAUUUUUCACUGGUUUUGCGUACGAUAAUAUUUUAAUGAUUCCAUUGAUUGUUGUUUUGGAAUAUUUAGGUAUUCGGAAAAGAGCAGCGGCAGGUUGUCUUCUAUUAGGGGUGCUGUAUUGUUUUUCUAUUGAUAUUGUUAAUGGCAGUGCAUAUUUUAUAAGAAAUUGGCAUUAUUUUACAUAUGUUUGUUCAAUGUCAUUUUUAAUUUCUUUUUUUGUUACAUUUCUACUGCCAGAAAGUACUCGUUGGUACAUGUCCAAAGGAAUGCAUGACAAAAUAUUGAGGAAGUUGAGAAGAAUAGCGGAAGUGAAUAAAAUGAAUCCAAAAUCAUGGGUGUAUGAUGAAUUUAUAGUGAGUUGA